UAGGAAGUGGGGGCGGGAUGUGUUGGCAGUGACGUCUCCGGUCUUUUCGAGCCCAUUGCCGACAUGGCGUAAGUGGAAAAAAGCGAGAAAGGACGGCGCUUUGGAAAACUGAGUUAUCUAAAGGAAACCAAGAGAACACUCUUGAAACCUUUGGAUUUAUGUAGCUCCGAGAGAUCAUUCGUCGGCAAUUUGUGUUAAAGUUUGGGUUCCAGGCCAGCUUCGAAGAUGAUGUCAGAUGCCAGCGACAUGUUGGCAGCUGCAUUGGAGCAAAUGGACGGGAUCAUCGCAGGCUCCAAGGCGCUGGAGUACUCCAACGGCCUGUUCGACUGCCAGUCCCCGACCUCGCCCUUCAUGGGCGGCCUGCGCGCCCUGCACCUGGUGGAGGACCUGCGGGGGGCGCUAGAGCUGAUGGACCCGGAGGAGCGGGACACCCUCCGCUGCCAGAUCCCCGACUCCACCGCCGACAGCCUGGCGGAGUGGCUGCAGGGACAUCUGACCAACGGACAUAUCUCCAUGGGUGGGGACGUAUACCAGGAGAGACUUUCCCGGCUAGAGAGUGACAAGGAGUCGCUGGUUUUACAGGUGAGUGUGCUGACGGACCAGGUGGAGGCUCAGGGGGAAAAGAUCAGGGACCUAGACCUGUGCCUUGAGGAACACCGCGAGAAGCUGAACGCCACAGAGGACAUGCUGCAGCAGGAGCUGCUGAGCCGGACGUCCCUGGAGACGCAGAAGCUGGAGCUGAUGGCCGAAGUGUCCAACCUGAAGCUGAAGCUGACGUCCACGGAGAAGGACCGGCUGGACUACGACGGGCGGCUAAGGGACGGCGAGGGCUUUUACCCCGGGCAGCCGCCCCCCAGCCUGGCCCACGACCGGACGGGGCUCCUGGAGGCGGAGUUCUCAGUCUUCCGAGACGAGAUGUGGGAAUUUGGGGAGCAGGAGGGGUUGGUCCAGGAGAUCAAUGAACUGAGGUACAGGGUGUCUGAGAUGGAGAACGAAAGGGUGCAUUAUGAGAAGAAGCUGAAGUCCACCAAGCCGCUCAUGGCCAAACUGUCGAGUCUGAAAAUCAGAGUGGGGCAGAUGCAGUUUGAGAAACAGCAGAACGAGACCGCGACCCAGGCCCUGAAGGAGGAGCUGGCCACGCUGAGGAGGCAGCUGGACGGGAGGGACGGGGAGCUGAAGAUGCUGCAGGAGGAGUCGUACCUGCGGGGAGGCGCAGGGACGGGAGGCGCAGACGGCUCGGAGAGAGAUUUCGAAGUGCAGCGGAUGAAAAAGGCGGUGGAGUCCUUACUGACGGCAAACGAAGAGAAGGAUCGCAAGAUUGAGGAGCUGAGGGCUGUCCUGGGACGGUACCGCCGGGGUCAGGACACGCUGAUGUCGCAGCAAGCCAAGAAAGACCUAGACAGCGAGGAGAGUCACAGCGAGGAUUCGGUAUCGGCAUCGGCACAAGCGGGCGAUUCCGGCGCCACGGAUUUAGAGAAGGCCACUCUAAUCGGCGUCGAAGAGGCGGCGGGGACUAUCACUGAGGAGCUUGCGGCUCUCACGCAAGGGUCCGCCGCUGCUCCGACCUCUGACCUGACCGAGGCGGGAGAGCCAGAGCGGGUAACGGCUGUCAGCGAUGGAGACAGCCAAGACGCAUCCGCGCUCCUGGAGUCGCCGUCGUGCAGCAGUCAGCGAGAGGCGGACCUCCCCAAGGCAGGAGGAAGCCUGGAUGACCUGAUCAACGGCAAGGGUGACGAGAAGAAGUCGAUGUCGGUUCACCAGACGCCUGCAGAGAUGGCCGAACACCUCUUCCUGCUCAUAAAGACGAAGGCCCGUGAGGAGCUGAGUAAGAUCAGCACGCUGCCGCCCCGGUCCCCCCCGCCCGCCUCAGCCAGCCCCGCAGACGACAGCUUCGGCUCCAGGAAGGCGCGCUCGUCCUUCGGCCGCGGCUUCUUCAAGAUCCGCGGGGGCAAGAGGACCGCCAGCGCCCCCAACCUGGACCGCAGCCGGAGUGCGAGUGCGCCCAUGCUAGCGGAGACUGAGCGGGAGGGAACGGACCACCUGGAUUUAGCCGGGGUGCCCCACCGCUCGGCCGACAGCGACAGCACCCACACGCUGCCCUCCUCUCCGGAAGGCAAGAAGAAGUCCCGAGGGAUCAAGAAGCUCUUCGGCAAGCUGAAGAGAAGCCAGUCCACUACAUUUAACCCUGACGAAGACAUGUCAGAGACAGAGUUCAAGCGGGGCGGAGUCAGGGCCACCGCCGGCCCCCGGCUUGGCUGGUCACGCGACCUGCAGCGCGGAAACAACGAGCUGGACACGCCCUUCGCCAGGUGGACGAAGGACCAGGUGUGCGCCUGGCUCCAGGAGCAGGGUCUGGGCGUGCACGUGGGCCUGGCCAAGCAGUGGAUCACCUCGGGCCAGACGCUCCUGCAGGCCUCCCAGCACGACCUGGAGAGGGAGCUGGGUAUAAAACACGCCCUGCACAGGAAGAAGCUGCAGCUCGCCCUGCAGGCCCUGGGCUCAGAGGAGGACGAUAACAAAGGAAAACUCGACUACUCCUGGGUGACCAGGUGGCUGGAUGACAUCGGCCUGCCGCAGUAUAAGACCCAGUUCGAUGAGGGCAGGGUGGACGGCCGCAUGCUUCACUACAUGACUGUGGACGACCUGCUGUCCCUGAAAGUGGGCAGUGUUCUCCACCACCUGAGCAUCAAGAGGGCCAUCCAGGUCCUGCGGCUCAACAACUACGAGCCCAACUGCCUGCGGCGCCGCCCCUCCGAUGAGAAUCACGUGACCCCAGCGGAGAUCUCGCAGUGGACCAAUCACAGAGUGAUGGAGUGGCUGAGGUCCGUGGACCUGGCCGAGUAUGCGCCCAACCUGCGGGGCAGCGGGGUGCACGGGGGCCUGAUGGUGCUGGAGCCGCGGUUCAACGUGGAGACCAUGGCCCUGCUGCUGAACAUCCCGCCCAGCAAGACCCUCCUGCGGCGCCACCUGGCCACGCACUUCCACCUGCUGGUGGGGGACGAGGCCCAGCACCUCAAACAGGAGCAGCUGGAGUGCCCCGACUACACCCCGCUCACCGCCACCGCCAAAGUCAAGCCGAAGAAGCUGUCGUUCGGCAGCUUUGGCAGUCUGCGGCGCAGGCGUCAGGAGGACAGUGAGGAGUACGUGUGCCCCAUGGACGUGGAGAUGCCCAAGGGCAAGAGCUUCCAGACCGGCCACCGGGCCGGGGAGCUGCACCUGUACGAGGACGACCUGGACCGGCUCCAGCAGAUGGAGGACUCGGAAGGGACUGUGAGACAAAUCGGCGCAUUCUCUGAGGGGAUCAACAACCUGACGAGCUUGGCCUCUUUGAACCGGCCUGUAACUGCGCCCGUCUCUCUGUUCCCAGAGUAUGCUGAAGGAGGACGAGUUCUUCUGCGAGCUGUCCGCGGGUUCGCCCACGAUGGACGACGACUCCAACGUGUGAGGCGUUCGGGAGAGAGCUGUGAAGCGAGAGCUGACCUGUGCCAGCCCCCUGCCCGCCACCUUCGCUUUUCGGGCCUGACCGGAGCCAGGGCCGUGGGCCCCCCCCCCCCCUCCCCCCAACCCCUCCCUGACUGUUAUGUUUGGUAACCGCUAUCGUCAACCGCAAAUCAAAAAGCCCACAUCACAGAAACCGGUCGUAACCGGUCUCGGCAGCGCGGUGCAACGCUGAGCGAAUGCGUGCCACAAUCACAUUGUAAAGGUGACGCCGAAAAAAAACCUGCUUUGAAAAAUUCACUGCGUGCAUUUAAGGACGCUGAUCUAUGACCCUCGUCGUGAGCUGGAACGUGCUGUCGUGGCUGGAAACGACCGGUCUCUCUCCGUGAUCGUCAGUUACGUCGGCUUCAUGGCCUGUAGUUUAAGCGAAGCGGUUACGGUCCGUUUUUUUAAUGGUUUAAAAAAAAAAAAAAAAAAAGAAGAAAAAAAAAAAGUUCUAUGUUCUUGUUUGUUUUCCAGUUUCACCGUACACUACACAAAAAAAAGCAUUUGGCUUUGCAAAUGGUGUCAACAUUCUUGUGACUUUUUAUUAAGAGGAUGUUAAGCUUUAAAUUUUGUGAAUUUAGGCUCCACUCCAGUUCAGUUACUCCACUUUCUGUUUACACGUUGGAGACGGUUGAACUUGUUUGAAACCUGCACAUAUUGAUAUGCAAGUGCGAAAAUAAUACAGUGUUGGACAGGUCCCGAGUUUGCCAACCAGCUGGUUACUGGAUGUGUUGGACUUGUAUAAGGUUAUGUGCUUUGUGCAUCAUUUUUUUAAAUUUAGGACAUCAACUGGACACAGGGCUCACAUGGAUUGCGUUCUCAGAGCACGAUGCAUGCAGUUUUUCGGACGUGGGGCGGUGUUCGUUGACGGCUGAUCUGUUUUAAAAAGACAAACCGUAUCUCGCAUUAGCCCAUAACAGAGCCACUUGUGCGAUCGGUGGUUUCACUUGAAGCCAACAGUCACUCCCUUACCCUCAGCCCAGUUCGUUAUUUCAUGCAUCCAUUUUGUUUCGCCUCAUUUCUAUGAUUAGAUGAGUGGACCCACCCCCCACGGUCAGACAUUUUGUGCCAAAACGCUUGUUUUCCUACCCGCAAAACCGGCACUGUUGCAGUUGUAGACCUGGAAAAUGUCCAUGAUAUUUUUACGUGACUUUGACUAAUGCCCCCCCACCAGAUCGCUGAAAGGCAGUCCUCCACACCAGUCUGUCUGCAUGUUUUUUUCACCCAAGUCAUUAACACAUAUUUAAUUCAAUUACUUUAGUGUCCUUGCAUGUUAUUUAAACUAAUUGUCAUUUUUUGCAAUGACUAUUGUGUUGAGAACUGCUAAAGACGGAUUAUUAUUAUUAUUAUUAUUAUUAUUAUUUUUAUUAUUAUUAUAAUUAUUACAUUAUAUUAUUAUACAUAUUUGUAACAGGCUACCGUACAGCAGAUUUUAUUUGGGAUUCUGUAUGUUUUUAGAGUGGAAAAAGAAAGCAAUAUACAAGAUGCACAAAUUAAUAUUGCUAUGCAACCCUUGUUAUCCCAUAUCUGUAAAGCAAAUAUGUAUUGUGUAACAUUACUUAAGCAUUUUUAAAAGUGUCAAUAAAAUUUCAACUUA